UGUAGAGUUUGGUUCUUGUUAAUGUUCUCGUCAGAUCACAACCCGUGCUACAAAGAGAACAAAUGUAUGAACGGUGGAACAUGUCUGAACAAGCCUGAGAACCAAUACGAAUGUGCAUGUACGCCUGAUUACACUGGCGAUCACUGCGAAAAAAAAACAAUAUGCGACAAACUUUCCCCUUGUUUGAAUGGAGGACAAUGUAGGCCACUGAAUGCUGAUAGUUAUGUGUGCACCUGUCCGUCGCCGUUCUACGGAAAGCAUUGCGAACAUAGAGACAUCUGCCAAGAUAACAAUCCUUGUUUGAACGGUGGUCAGUGUGUCGCAAAUGUGGAUGGGCAAUAUAAAUGUCUUUGCCCCAAACCAUACAUCGGGGACAAAUGUGAAAUACUAGAUCACAACCCGUGCUACAAAGAGAACAAAUGUAUGAACGGUGGAACAUGUCUGAACAAGCCUGAGAACCAAUACGAAUGUGCAUGUACGCCUGAUUACACUGGCGAUCACUGCGAAAAAAAAACAAUAUGCGACAAACUUUCCCCUUGUUUGAAUGGAGGACAAUGUAGGCCACUGAAUGCUGAUAGUUAUGUGUGCACCUGU